AAACGUAUGCGUCACUGCGUCAUGAUAAAGGCUAUUCUCACUACACUAUAUUUAUUUCGAUUUGCAUUUUAUCAGAUUUUAUCUAAUUUUCUAUGUUAACACAGUGUUUUAAUAAUUGGUCAAAAGUAAGGGACUUAUAAGUCCUUCAAUAUAAAUUUAAUAGCUUCUAUUAUAAAAUACUUCCACAAAAAAAAGCCGUAUUUUACCAAUGAGUACGGACCUUAAAAGUAUAAAAAUGGUUGAUUGUAUGAAAAGGCCUAGUUUAGACAUUUAAUUGCAAAAAUAAAUAGUGUUAUCUACUAUCGCAGUGUAUAAGUGCUAAUACAAUGAAAAUACGUUAACGGUGCUUGUUUCACACUGUGCAGAUUUCUAUUCAUUUGUUACUAAAUGAAAAAUGGCGCAAAGCUCACACGGAGGCAGUCACCGCCGGAGCCGGGAGCCGGACCUGCGGUACUCCACCACAGACUGGGAGGCCAAGGAGGCUCUCAUACAACGGGAGCUCGACGAAGCCCGAGCCAGAGCCACGCAGAUGGAAAAAACUAUGCGCUGGUGGUCCGACUGCACUGCCAAUUGGAGAGAUAAGUGGAGCAAGGUCCGAAAUGAAAGAAAUAAAGCUAGAGAAGAAGCUAAACAACUGAAAAUUAAAGUAGACACUUUAAGCAAAGAACUCUCUAUGCUCAAGGCGGAAAAAACUAAUCUAGGCCAACAGUUAACUGACGUUAUCAAAGACAACGAAAAGUUAUUAACUAUUGGUGAAAGCAGAAUAGUCUCCGGAGAGCUCACAACUGAAGACGGUGUAGAAUUACGAAGGAAAGGUUAUGUCUCUCCGAAUGAACCUCGACAGAGAGCAUCAUUAGAUUCGCACAAAUUUUCAAAUGUAGAUAAUGUUUUGGCUAGUAAACUAAGCGAGAUGAGAUUGAGAUUAGAUGAGACCUGUAAAAGUUUACAGACGGAGAAAGAUCAGAAAGCGUUUCUUCUAGCUAAAGUAGAAACGUUGACUGCUGAGAUAAACAAUAUGAAAAUGCAGGAAACGCAUAAUGAUAGGACAUUAGGAUCAACAGAUUCUAGUCACAGUGAGGUAGAGCGGCUUCAGAAUGAGUUACAGGAUGAGGUAGCGGCAAAGCAGACGCUAGAAGAGAAGAUAGCGGAGCUGAAGAUGGAGAUUGAGAAGCUGAAAUCGGAGAACACGAUACAGUGGAGUAAGCGGGAGUUGAUGGAGACGGAGAAUAUUGCGAUACUGAGGGAAAAUAAAAAACUAUAUAGUCAGGUUUGUGAACUAAGAGAGCAGAUACACAAACUAAACAGAAUCUCAGAUGGCAGUGCCUACGGCACCACCUUUGACUACAGACUAGACUCCGACUACCACAGAAAAGCAAGUGGAAGUCCCCGGUCCCAUGAAAAACCAAGAGAUUUCAAAUACAAUGAAUACUCCAGGUUAGACCCAAAUCUUUAUGAAGAUGAUAAGAAACACAGCAGUCGCUCACAUUCAAGUAAUGAUUCUUCCGAAGCUAAUUUUCAAAAAACUGAUGAUGACCUUGCCAUAUUAGAGAAAAGUGGGCAUUAAAAAUUAAAAUCAAUUUACCUUUUAUGAGUCCUGGUAAUUUUUUGACAGAGACGAAAAGUCAAAUGUGACAGGAUAUUUUAACUAACUUUUUUUGCGAAUUUGACUGUUGAGGUUUUUAUAUUUAUUUCAAAACUGUCAGAUAAUACUGUAUAUGCUUGAAGAGGAUUGACAUCUCUUAAGUGGGUGAUAGACGGGCGAGUAAGUUUGCGAACUUAUGGCUUGACGACUUUUUUUGCUUGUAAAGUACACGUACUUAGGCUGACACACGAGCGAAAAAGGUCGUCGAGCCGUAAGUUCGCGAACUUACUCGCACAUCU